CUUUUUUUCGCGUCUCCGCUCCCUGGAGCGGGCAUGCGUAGUAGCAGAGUGGAAGCAGCUGGGGGCGGGGCGGUAAGGGCUAACUGGAGCCCUGGACUCUUUGACUCCCGAGGAAACUACAGAACCCAGGCGCUCGCGCGCCAGCUUUGUCGCAGCUGGAGGGGCAGGGUCAGGCAUGCACGAAAAGCUUCGCGGUAUAAUUGGUUAUUUCCGAUUGUGCUUACUUCUCUAGGCAGAUAGCAAUUGGUUACUUUACUUAGAAGGCAGGGACAAGGAAAGAGUCAUCCCCCUCUGGCUCCGCCUCUUUACUGAGGAAAGGUUGUGAUUGGUCCGGGGGCGAGGCGGCUGUCGGAUCCUGGCUCUUUGCAGGCUUUGGGGGGGUGGCCCUUAUCUGGACGCGGGAGGAGACUGUUCUUUGCCCCUGAAGCGGUGGGGCAAGCCAAGUGCGUCUCAGGCAGUGCUCCUUCAGCGCUCGACCUAAACUCCUGGCUCUUAGGCCUUCGUCUCACAGCACCUGCUUCCUUUCCCUAAGUUGCCCUUCACCUCCCUUCCCCUUAAUUCUAGCCCGCAGCCUGUCUGGUUUCAGUUCUUUUCUAAAGCCUUUUUAGAAUGACCCUAGUGAACCUUUCUGUAGCUGUCCAGGAGAUCCCCUUUGGAGCCUGAGAAUCAGGCUAUAGUGGGACAAUAGGACUAGAAGGACGAAAACUAGUCGUGGUCUCAUUCCCUCUGCCUGUGGGUCUUGGUCUCUCAGCCGAAGAGACAGCAAGAGAGGCUUCUGGCCUCUUAAAACUAAUCCACUAAUCUGGGUGCUGAGCAGAACACUUACGUUUGGGUCCCAGAGCUCCAGUCUCUCCUCCCCAAAGUCUCAUGACCACGGGUUGAAAGAUGUUGGAAAAUCUUGUGACCUUGGAGAGAGAUCACGAAAAUGUCUGGUUCUAAUGAGUGUCCUGAGAAUGGGUCAGGUAGCGGAGGUCCAGGGCAAUUUUGGAAUGAUCAUGAGGAACGCUGGAGGGGGACGGGGAAUUGAGCUGAGUGGAUUCCAAUUGGGUAAAACUGGAGUGGUGACAAUUAGGGAAAGGAAAUCUGGCAAGAUCGGCAUGGCAGGGGGAGCAAUGCUAGAGCUCUGGGCGGGUGGGGGGUAUCCCACGUUGAAGGGCUUCUGUCUCUGGGAAUAGGAAGGAGUUUAUAAGACUGGUCAUAGGGGGCUCCGACGGAAUCAGCGUAAGGCCCGAGGUGCGACUGUCAUAGGACACCGCCUGCAGGGAGGUGAGGGGCCCAGAAGGGCCAGGGACGAGCCUGGAGCGCGCCGGAUGGCAGCAGCAGGCUCCUUUAAGAGGCCGGCGGCUCCAGCGCAGCAUCCCCCGCUCAGGGCGUGUCCGUCCCGGGGGGCCAGGGGCGGGGGCCUUGGAAGGAGCGGGAGUUCAAGCCGAGUGGGCAAGGGGCUCGGGGUCGGAGGGGAGGAAGCUGGGGCUGACACCCGUGCACCCGGACACCGCACGAGCCUCGCCUGUGACAGCGCCCCGGGUCCGGUCGAGGGCAGCGGGGGGAGGAGAGAAGGAGGAGGAGAAGGAGGAGGAGGCGGGAGCAGCAUCCGGAGCCGAGCUGCAGCAGCGCCGCCUUUUGUGCUGCGGCCGAGGAGCCCCUGAGGAGGAAGAGAGGGAAGGAGGAGGAAGAGUUUGGGCCCUCUCAGGGAAGGAAAGGAAGGACGGGGCCUGAUGUGCCCACCGCCUGCCUCACCACCACCCCCACUCCCACACUCAGCCCGCUGCACCUGAGGAUUAGAGGGUGCGAGCACCUGUUCCUGGACGCCCAGGUGAUGGCCCUCCUCCCCUUCCCUCUGAUGCCCCCAAUCCCCUCCAGCUGUGGUAUUCACCUUCUCCAUCCAGCUGUUGCUUCUUCCCCUCCCCCAUUCAUUUGUGGUUUUCUCCCUCUUUCUCUCCAUCUCCUCUGGCUCCCCUAACCCAAUUCCCCAGCCCAGGUCUUUCAAGAACCUCAUCCCUUUCCCCCACACAUUUCUCAAACUCCCUGGCUAAAAAAUAAGCAAGAAUCUGUUCCACACAGUUGUGCCUCCUGAUUAACUAUGGCCUUGGCUCAGGGGAGGGAAGAGGGGGUCAGAGGCUCUAUAGAGAGGGGAAGGAAAUCAGUGGGGUGUCCCUUAGCAUAGAAGGAGUCCCACCUUUGGGGACUUUAACUCUGCACCUGCUCCCUCUUGAGAGAAGAGUGGGUGGGUGGCCCUCAGCCAAGAAGGAGUGUGCCUGAGGUCUCUCCCCAACCCAGAGUCCUCUCAGCCACAACCACCGCCUCCCUCCAAAUGACAUUUCCCUUCCAUCUCGCAGGAUGGACUCCGUGGCUCUGGGAGCUCUGAUUGUCACCUGGAGGGUAAUAUCGAGGGAAGGCAAGCACAAGGGAUUCUGGAAGGAAAGGGGCCAAGAGCUCCCUGGCCUUCCUGUCCAGACAGCAAAGUUUCCCAGAGCGCUAUUCAGGGCCUGCUCUCUCCCAUCUCACACUUCAGGGUGGCCAAGAGUGCUUACCCUCUUGGGGGGGAAGUGCCAGCCACUCAUCCGUUCUCCCAGUGGGGACUGAGGUGACGCUAGGGAGACCAAAGGUGUGAUAUCCCAACUCCAGCACCCAUGAAAACACAACUAAAUACCCAUCCCCGAAUUAAACCCAGCUAUGGGCAGAGGAGACAAGAAGUUUAAGUAAGGACUGGCUUUGGACAUCCUGUGUGUCCUUACAGCUAAGGAUGGCAGGACCCCUCUCAAACCAACUGCUGUGUCCCCAUCCUUCCCCUGGAGGUGACAGAAUGGUCAUCUGGCUUCCAGGAAGAAGACCCUAAAUCCUAGUGCCCACCACCCCAAACUUGCCCAGUGGCAUCUCACAUGUGGUCCUCCCUCUCCCCUGCCUGGCCUGGGGAGGAAGAAGGGACUAGAAGUCCCUCCUGGGGCAGAAGGAGGAUACUGUGGAGACAGGCUAGCAGGUGACACGUGGGCUUCAUGAGGGGUUGACCACAGCGACUGGUCUGUCUUGUUUGCUUCCAGGAGGACCAGGGUCAUCUUUGCUUUUGGGGAAGGUGCUGAGGUAGGAACACUAGGGCUGAGGGGCCUCAGGGUCAUUCAGGACAAAGAGCCCUUGGCCUUGGGUUCCUUCUCGCGGUGCUCUUCUUUUUGCCCCUUGCGUUUGCCCACCUCCCUUUCCACCCGUACCCUCUCUACUGCAGAUGAGGAAAAGGGGAAGAAGGGAAGGGAAUCAUAUUUAUAAAAGAAAUCCUGCUCCUGCUUGUUAGGCACUUUUCGGCGUGGCUCGUGUUUCUAGGGAGCUUCAUGCUUCGUGUGUGCCGGGUCCUGGGCCAGGAACCUUGCUGAGAUUCUCUCACUAGUGUUAAAAGACUAAGAGUUGAGUGUUCUUUUCAUCCCUGUCUUAGGGAUGAGGAAACUGAAACUUAAAGAAGUAAUUUCUUUAAACUUUGGGGGAAGAGCUUAGGUCUUGGACUUAGGGCUGUCUAACCCAGAACCACUGUGUUCUAGACUGUAUGACCGCUGUGACAGGGGUACCUCAAUCCGUUCAGAGAGAAGAAACAGGUUUGUUCAGAAGUGUCUUACUCCAGAUUGCCUGCCUGGUCAGGAGCAGAGACAGGACAUCAACCAAACCUCUCUAAUUCCCAGGCUACCCACUCACCCACUGUCCCAAGCCGGGUGACAGGAGCAGAUGGGCACUCCUGAUUUUUAUUUCCUCAUUUUCAAUUCAAAAUCUGAUUUUUUUUUAAUUUUAAAAGCAAUUGAAACUUAUUACUGAAAUAUUAGAAAAUACAGAUAAGCCACAAGAAGGAAAUAAAAGCAUCCACAACUCCACCUACCUAGAAAUGGUUACACUUCGGUAUCUGUCCUUCCAGAUCUUUUUAUAUUUUUAUUUCUUUAUGAUUUUUGAUCUUCCAGAUCAUUUUAAAUGCACAUCCACCCCAGGAACUAUUUGCUUAAAUGUGCUGUACUUCUUCCGGGUCUACCUAAGGGCCUGAGUAGGAGGGACAUUCUGGCGCUUCAUACUCUGCUUCUACCCCUCCUUUCCCUUCCCUCCUGACCUUAAAGGGUAGGGCUGUGGGGUGAUCCCGGGCUACGUUGGCCAGGGGUGAGUAUGUGGUGCAGGCCUUCUCCCUUAGUCCAGAGGAGGUGGAAUGAUAGGAUUUGUAGAGGAAGGACUGAGGGUCUGGUAGCAAAGAGGCCAAUGACUGGGGACUCCAGCGCCCCAUGGCCACUGGGACCCGAUAUUGAGAAAAGUCCUGCGGAAUUAGAAGGUCUGAGACCCAGUCUGCCUUCUUCUGGUCAGACGAAGAGCUGGCCUCUCCAGAAGCCACAAAGACAGACCUGGUGUCCAAGGACAGUCAGGACCCAGGCAGUGUGCUCACAUCAUUCCCCACAUCAUCUUAAACUGUCCCCACCCCAGAAGGUAGAGGGGGCCUUGAAGGGGUAACAUUCUUCAACUUGUGGCAAAACUAAGGUUCUGGCUCUGAUCUCUCCAAAUCCAAAGUUAGCUCUUUUUUCCUAAAUAGCCCUGCCCCCUCCCCCUGCCCUGUUUCUGCCCAGCUGACUGGAAGAAGAGGUGGUGGCACCAGGGGGGGCAUCUCAGGACUUGACCUGUAUGAGGCUGGGGGGUACCUGGAUUUAGGGGUGAUCUCCAAUUUACCCCAAGUUUGUUGGGGAAGACAUUUCCCCCUGAUGAAGGCACUGACAAAGUUGUAGUGCCUUCCAUCUGAAAAGAACCCUGUAUUCAAAAAGAAAAACAGCUGCAGCCGGUGGCCAGGAGGCAAGGUCAAGAGGGGUCAUGGUCCUUUAUCCUAUCAGGAUCUCAAAGCCUGUAGAGAUGGAACUAGCAUUGUGCCCCAGAAUCUUGGGUUUCCUUUCCCUGUGAAGACCUUGCUUCUCACCCUCACUCAAGAGAGAAGAACAUCCCUCUUUUUCCUGAGGACAAACUGAGGUCCAGGGCAGUGGUGAGUGCUCAGUGUGAGAGCCUGCAAUUUAGACAGAUGGCCUAGCCUCUCAGCUGAGCCCCCAAGACUGCCAGACAUGCAACUUGGCCUUGAGAUUGUGCUGUUAGAACAGAACAGGACAGGAGAGAGAAUUCGAAGGGUUCCCUUGCCACAAGCUUCCAGCACUUCGGACAGGAGAACCAGGAGGAAGAAGCAGAGGGACCUUCCAGGACCCACUCCACCACAGGCUCCUGAGUGGGCACUCUGGGAGUCACCAGCAGAGAAUCAGGUAGCUGAAACCGAAUUAGGACCUCCCAGGACUCUGAGGACUCAAGAGGCUCAAGAGAGCCUCUUGCCCUGGCAGAUGUAGGAUUUAGGGACCACUCUGUCCCCUCACCCAAUCUGGAAUUCUGCGCAGUAAGCGCUUGGUAAAUAUGGUUGACAGGAUGAUGGAGAUAUCCACCCACUCCUGUCACAUCUCUGCCCUUCCUCCAUGCUCUGCAUAAUUGAUGGCCAGGGAGGCAGUUCCCCUCCCCCAAGGUGACUGAAUGUCUAGGCCAGGGGCUUCUGGCAUAACGUGCCCCCAAAGUCCUGGCGCCAAGGCCCAGCUGGGGGGCAGUGGGACACAGCUGUUAGGUCAGAGAUAAAGGAAACUGAGAGGGCUGUGUGUUGGGAGAGGAAUCUCCAGUUGACUGUAGCUCCCUGGGGCCUGGCUUCCCCUGACUCCCUCAGGUCAGUCUGGAUGAGCUGUGUUAGCCUAAGGACAGGUUGGCGGUGGCCUGAGGAGCCCAGCUAGAGACCCUCCCUUUCCCUGGAUCACAUCUCCUACUUCUUCAGGUAACUCCCACUGCCCUAAAAGACAAACAGGUGAAAUGGUUUCUCUCCCUGUCUCCCUAGCUGCGAGCCCUUGGAUACCAGAGGGGCCUCUGGGGAAGCCUGGUGAACUGGAGGGAGGCUUGGUGGCAAGUGCCUGAGCAUGUCACCCUCUCUAUGCCUGAAACUCCUAGUUGCCAAACACCACAUGAGGACUGAGAACUUUAAAAAUCCAGGUGUGGUGCCUAGUCAAGGCUCAGCUUCUAAAUAGGAAAGACUUGGGAAGGGCACAGAUGGUCUCCACGUUUUCCAGUUCUUUCUCCGCUACUUUUUUCUCAGUGCCCUCUCUGCUUUUCACAUUCAGGCGUUCAAUCCAUCCUUUUCCGAUUUGAUUCUCCCUGCGCUUCACCGUUGCGGUCUCUGAAUUUCUCCGCUCGCACCCCCACCCCGCCCCGUUCUCUGGGUGUGCCUGUUGCCCUUCUGUGUCCCUAUCUCCCCAUCUCCUGCUUUCUCUGUGGCACUGCUCCCCACAUUCCAAGCAGAGUCCCCGCUCCCCAGCACCAAUGGCUCUCCCUCCGCUCGGUGCCCGGGCCGAAGAUGCGUCUGCAUGAGAGGUCGAGGGAGGUAUGCGAAGGAGGGCAGCGCACCCGCGGCCGACUGAGGGGGCCCGGGAUCGGAACCCUGAUCCCCGCCGGGAUCCGGACCACCAGCACAGGCACCGGCCCGGGUCAGGGGCGGGGCCCAGGCGCAGCCCCGCCCCCGCCGCCGCCGCUCACGUGACUCUGGGCUAAUCUUGUCCUGGUGACUUCACACGCCGCCUCGGGCACAGUCGUCAUGGUUACGCCGCAGCGCCCAGCGCUUCCCCCAACCCGCUGAGUCCCCUCCCCUUCCCCACCCGGACCCCCUCCUUCCGCCGCCGGGCCCCCGCCCGGUUCCAGCCACGCGGCCCGCGCCACGUGACGGCCGGGAAGGAGGUCGGGAAGGGGGAGGGGGCGCUGGGGCCGUAACCCCUUCCUCCCCGCCUCGGAGGGCCUUCCUGGGGCUUCCCGCGGGACCCGCGAACGGCCUGAUCCAGCCCACCCUACUUGCGAAAGGUGGCUACCUUUCCAGCCACCCCGCCUUGGGGGCGCGGGCCAAAGCCCUGGGAUCCUGCGGAGUAAAUUCUUGGCCUGGGUUUGUCGUUGGCAUUACGGUGUACAUCUACUCCCCUCCACGGCGCCGAUAGCUCGUAGGAUAUUUUGAGGAUUCAGAGGCUGGAAAUGACUGUGACUAAAGCUUUCUGAGUCUGUUUACUCAAGAAUAUAGAGGGACCGACGGGUACAGCUCCAUCCCUGGGUGGCGGUGAAGAGCCAGGCAGCUCCUGCAUCUUUAGCGUAGGGGCGGCCUUUAAGACGACCGUCCUGCCCGCGCGCCCGUGCUGGGCGAAGCCUGGGAUCCCGGGCCAGAGCGUCGGGGGUCUCGUGGAGGGCGGGCUGUCAGAGGAGCCGGACGCCUGAGCCCACAGUGCCUCCGGACUAAUGGCAGCCACGAUGAAGGAGGGCCCACGGCCCCCCGCCGCACCCAGGCCCAGAGGCCAUGGCCUGCCUCCAUGAGACCCGCACACCCUCUCCCUCCUUCGGGGGUUUCGUGUCCACCCUGAGCGAGGCGUCGAUGCGCAAGCUCGACCCGGACACUUCUGACUGCACCCCUGAGAAGGACCUGACACCCACCCAGUGUGUACUCCGAGAUGUGGUGCCGCUGGGCGGGCAGGGCGGGGGCGGGCCGAGCCCCUCCCCGGGGGGAGAGCCGCCCCCUGAGCCUUUCGCCAAUAGUGUCCUGCAGCUCCACGAGCAGGAUGCAGGGGGCCCUGGGGGAGCCACGGGGUCACCUGAGAGUCGGGCAUCCAGGGUCCGAGCCGAUGAGGUGCGGCUGCAGUGCCAGAGCGGCAGCGGCUUUCUGGAAGGGCUCUUCGGCUGCCUGCGACCUGUCUGGACCAUGAUCGGCAAAGCCUACUCCACAGAGCACAAGCAGCAGCAGGAAGACCUGUGGGAGGUCCCCUUUGAGGAGAUCCUGGACCUGCAGUGGGUGGGCUCAGGGGCCCAGGGCGCGGUGUUCCUGGGACGCUUCCACGGGGAGGAAGUGGCUGUAAAGAAGGUACGGGACCUGAAGGAGACGGACAUCAAGCACCUGCGGAAGCUGAAGCACCCCAACAUCAUCACCUUCAAGGGCGUAUGCACCCAGGCUCCCUGCUACUGCAUCCUCAUGGAGUUCUGCGCCCAGGGCCAGCUGUACGAGGUCCUGCGGGCUGGCCGCCCUGUCACCCCCUCAUUGCUGGUUGACUGGUCCAUGGGCAUCGCCGGUGGCAUGAACUACCUGCACCUGCACAAGAUUAUCCAUAGAGACCUCAAGUCCCCCAACAUGCUAAUCACGUACGACGAUGUGGUGAAGAUCUCCGAUUUUGGCACUUCCAAGGAGCUGAGUGACAAGAGCACCAAGAUGUCCUUUGCAGGGACAGUAGCCUGGAUGGCCCCUGAAGUGAUCCGCAACGAGCCUGUGUCCGAGAAGGUUGACAUCUGGUCCUUUGGCGUGGUGCUGUGGGAACUGCUGACUGGUGAGAUCCCCUACAAAGACGUAGAUUCCUCAGCCAUCAUCUGGGGCGUGGGAAGCAACAGUCUCCAUCUGCCAGUGCCCUCCAGCUGCCCAGACGGCUUCAAAAUCCUGCUUCGCCAGUGUUGGAACAGCAAACCAAGAAAUCGUCCAUCGUUCCGUCAGAUCCUGCUGCACCUGGACAUCGCCUCAGCCGACGUCCUGUCCACACCCCAGGAGACUUACUUUAAGUCCCAGGCAGAGUGGCGCGAAGAGGUAAAGCUGCACUUUGAAAAAAUUAAGUCAGAAGGGACCUGUCUGCACCGCCUAGAAGAGGAGCUGGUGAUGCGGAGGAGGGAGGAGCUCAGACACGCCUUGGACAUCCGGGAGCACUACGAAAGGAAGCUGGAGAGAGCCAACAACCUGUACAUGGAGCUUAAUGCCCUCAUGUUGCAGCUGGAGCUCAAGGAGAGGGAGCUGCUCAGGAGGGAACAAGCUUUAGAGCGGAGAUGCCCAGGUCUGCUUAAGUCACACCCUUCCCGAGGCCUCCUGCAUGGGAACACUAUGGAGAAGCUCAUCAAGAAGAGGAAUGUCCCACAGAAACUGUCACCCCACAGUAAAAGGCCAGAUAUCCUCAAGACUGAAUCUUUGCUACCUAAACUUGAUGCUGCCCUGAGUGGGGUGGGGCUUCCUGGGUGUCCUAAGGGCCCCCCCUCACCAGGACGUAGUCGUCGUGGCAAGACUCGUCACCGCAAGGCCAGCGCCAAGGGCAGCUGUGGAGACCUGCCUGGGCUUCGUGCAGCUUUGCCACCCCAUGAACCUGGGGGACCAGGAAGCCCAGGGGGGCUAGGAGGGGGACCCUCAGCCUGGGAGGCCUGCCCUCCAGCCCUGCGUGGGCUCCACCAUGACCUCCUGCUUCGAAAGAUGUCUUCAUCAUCCCCGGAUCUGCUGUCAGCAGCACUGGGAGCCCGGGGCCGAGGGGCCACAGGGGGAGCUGGGGAUCCUGGCUCACCACCUCCAGCUCGGGGAGAUACCCCGCCAAGUGAGGGCUCCGCACCAGGCUCCACCAGCCCAGAUUCACCUGGGGGAGCCAAAGGGGAGCCACCUCCACCAGUAGGGCCUGGUGACGUUGUGGGGCUGCUGGGAACUGGAAGGGAAGGGACGGCGGGACGGGGAGGAAGCCGGGCUGGGUCCCAGCACCUGACCCCAGCUGCACUGCUGUACAGGGCUGCUGUCACCCGGAGCCAGAAACGUGGUAUCUCAUCGGAGGAAGAGGAAGGAGAGGUGGACAGUGAAGUAGAGCUGCCAUCAAGCCAGAGGUGGCCUCAAGGCAUGAACAUGCGCCAGUCACUGUCCACCUUCAGCUCAGAGAAUCCAUCUGAUGGGGAGGAGGGCACAGCCAGUGAGCCCUCCCCCAGCGGCACACCUGAAGUUGGCAGUACCAACACCGACGAGCGGCCAGAUGAGCGGUCUGAUGACAUGUGUUCCCAGGGCUCAGAAAUCCCACUGGACCCACCUGCAUCAGAGGUGGUUCCUGGCCCCGAACCCAGCUCCCGACCCAUCCCACACCAGGACCUACCCAGAGGGGAGCAGGGCCCUCCCACUAAUGAGGACUCAGACUGUGACAGCACUGAACUGGACAACUCCAACAGUGGUGAAGCCUUGCAGCCUCCAGCCUCCCUCCCUCCAUGAAAGCCACUCUGAUUCCUGUACAUAGAAAAAUUAUUUAUAUAAAUAAUAUAUAAGCGCCACAUAAUCAACAGAGAAAGAUGGGGCUGUCCCAGCCUUAAGUCAGGCUCAAGGGAGUCUGACCCCUGACCAAUUCACCUGAUGAAACUCUAGGGCUACUGGCAGCUGUGGAAAUGAAGGACAAGUACUACCCUAGAGCUGUGGGUACGGGCAGACUGGCCCCUUCCUGCUUCACCCCAUUAUGUUCAGCGAGCGGUAAGGCAAUAGAAAAGCCAGACUUGCCUCUUACGUUCCUCUAUACUCUUUUCCCCCAACCCUGGGGAGGAGGAAAGGGAGCCACUUAGACUGCACUUUUUUGUUUUCCGUUUACUCUGUUUACACAUUUUGCACUUGGGAGGAGGGAGGCAAAGGCUGGGUCCUCCCCUCUGAGGUUUCUCAGGUGGCAAUGUAACUAAUUUCUUUGUCCCUCCAUUUCUCUGCCCAGGCCCUGGCUUAGGGCUGAGGGGGAGGUUAGGAGAUUGUGAAAGCAUGUGAUGGCUCAGGCUGAAGGAAGGGGAUUAGAAGUUUUAAGUCCCUGCUUUUAUCCUGGUGCCUGAUUGGGGUGGGGACUGUCAUAUUGUAACCCCUGUGAAAAAUCUUAAAAUAUAGCCACUCCACGCAGG